UAUUCUGUGGACAACCCGCUGUGACAACUGACAACCCGCGAAAAGUUCGAUUUGCUUAGAUUUAUUUACAAUUUUACUUUCCAUAAAUUACAAGUUCGUGUAGCUAUCCGUUAAAUAAUAACUGUGCCUUAAGUUAUGAAAUUCCGUGGCAUAAUGAUUGAUGCCGGACCUAUGAGAGAGUUCACGAAUAUUGUGACCACCAUAUCAAAGUUAUCAAAAGAGUGUGUAUUACGUUUGUCUGAUGACAAGCUGUACUUUAUAGUUAGUGAGGACAACAGCGGCCCUGCACCACCUGUGCUAUGGUGUGAGAUACCACAAGUGGUAUUCUUUUCGGAGUAUCAAAUGAUUGGCAUUGAUGAAGAGCAUAAGGACAUUUACCUUAGCGUCAUAUCUGCAAAUCUUGCCAAAUCCUUGGUGACACUGAAGUCAGCAAAGUCAUUGAAAAUUAAACUUACCAAAAAGCAGUGCCCAUGUUUGACCUUGGAAAUCGAAAUGCAAUCAGUAAUAUCACAGCAAUCAAGGCAGGUGACACAUGACAUUCCAGUAGUAGUGGUGCCUAGGAAGAUGUGGAGUGACUUUCAUGAGCCGAAGGUCCAAACUCCUGAUAUAUCCAUAGAGCUGCCCACACUCAAGCAGUUGCGUACCACCAUAGACAGAAUGAGGACGAUGGCUCAAGAGGUGGUGAUCAGAGCAUCGGCUGAAGGCAAACUCACAUUACAGAUCAAGACUGACAUGGCCAAAGUGUCGACACGGUUUAAGGAUUUAAGAGUUGAAGCAUUCGAAGGUCCAAUAGACCAUUCAGAUUCCGAAACAGAAAGUGUAGCGAUCGAAGACAUAUCAAAGUUGUGCCAUUGCAGAGUGGAUGCGAAGAAGUUCUCAAUGUUCCUCAGUGCGGACAACAUAUCACAUAACAGAACCAUUUGCAGUAUUGUGCAUAAGAAGUUAGUAAUACUGUGUCUGUACACGCAGGAGAAUGUUAAAUUGCAGUGCUUUAUUACUGGCAUAGUUUAUUAAAAACAUAGACUUUAGGCGUAUAUGGGGGGGGGACCCUAAAAUUCUGGGCCUCUUGCCACCGAUUCCGGAGGGUGUGAGUUUGAAUCUGGUCCAGAGCAUAUGCGAAGAAGUUCUCAAUGUUCCUCAGUGCGGACCACAUAUCACACAACAGGACCAUUUGCAGUAUUGUGCAUAAGAAGUUAGUGAUACUGUGUCUGUACACGCAGGGGAAUGUUAAAUUGCAGUGCUUUAUUACUGGCAUAGUUAAUUAAAAACAUAGGCGUUAGGCGUAUAUGCCCACCAUAGAAUUCUGGGCUACCGAUUAAAAUUCUAUUAUGAUACUAAUAAUAGGGGAGCCGUAAUGGCCCAGUGGAUAAGACCUCUCGCCUCCAAUUCCGAAGGGUGUGGGUUCCAAUCCGGUCCAGGGCAUAUGCGAAGAAGUGCUCAAUGUUCCUCAGUGUGGACCAUAUAUCACACAACAGAACUAUUUGCAGUAUUGUGGACAAGAAGUUAGUGAUACUGUGUGUACACGCAGGAGAAUGUUAAGAGAUGUUAUAGCCCGACAUCUCAUGAAGAGAAAAAUACACUAUUGGUUGACGUAGUCAGUCACUGUAUCGGUAAUAUCACUCUCUUUAGUUGCAAUGAGACGAAAGAGCUAUAUUUUCGAUCCGCCGCUAUUGGUCAAUAAUAUUUUUUUCUUCACGAGAUGUUGUGGAGCACAUAACAUGCUCUACUGGGAACCUAAGAUACGUGCCACAAGAGAGGCACUGUCGACCAGUAGCAAAAUCAAAAAUAUUGCUCUUUUGUUGGGAUGGGACGACAAAUGAAGCGCUAUUUCCAAUGAAUUAAAUUUCAAAGUAAAAAUUAAAUGAAAAACGUACCAAUGUUUAUAACAAUCAUUUAAUUUGUAAAUUUUGUUAUUACAAUAUUUAUUCUUUAUAGUAAAUUAAUACUUCAAAUUACAAGUUGAUCAACAAUG